GUGGGGGGGGGAGGAUAGGAAGAACUGAAAGUGAGGCGGGUUCGGCCCGGGGGACAGCGGUGCUGCUGGCGCGGCCUGGACCGGCGGCCCUGGAUCCGCGGCCUGGAGGGGCUCGGCUCGGCUCAUGAGGAACAGGAAGGGCUGAGGAGGAGGAGGAGGAGAGGGAGGCCGACAUGUCCGACAACGGCUUUGACCGGGCUCCAGGUGCGGGUCGAGGCCGAGGCGUCCCACUGGCUCCCGAGAGCGGGGCCAGCUUGGGGCUGAGCGGCGGCGGCGGGGGGAGCUUCGGCGGUCCAGACCAGCUCCUCAGGCAAGGCUUCGCGCGCCACCAGGAGCCACUUCGGCCGCCCAAAACAGCCCCGCCGGGAAGCAGCAGCAGCGGCGGCGGCGCCUCAGAGUACCCAAGAGCUGCAUCUUUACCAGAAAAAAAUUGCUCUUUAUCUGCAGUUCCUAAGCCUCAGGUGGUUGUGGCACCAGUAGUAAUGUCAAAGCUGUCGGUGGAUGCGCCUGAAUUUUAUCCUUCGGGAUAUUCCCCUAAUUUGCCUGAAUCUUCUUUAGACGAUGGUUGCGAUGGAUAUGCAUCUUUAACAGAAUACGUGCAGGAUUUUCUAAAUCACCUUGCAGAACAGCCAGCCUGUUUUGAAAACGAAAUAGCACAUUUUUCAGAAACUUUAAAUGGCUGUGUCACCACAGAUGAAGCAUUACAGGAACUUGUUGAACUCAUUUACCAACAGGCUACAUCUGUUCCAAAUUUUUCCUAUAUGGGGGCAAGACUGUGCAAUUAUCUUUCUCAUCAUCUCACCAUUAAUCCACAAAGUGGCAACUUUAGACAGUUACUGCUUCACAGGUGUCGAAAAGAGUAUGAAAAUAGAGAUGAAGCCGCCAAAGGCGAUGAAGCCGCACGGAAAAGAUUUCAUGCAUUUGUGCUAUUUUUAGCUGAACUCUAUCUAAACCUAGAGAUUAAAGGAACUAAAGGUCAGCUAACAAGAGCAGAAAUUCUUCAGACUGGACUUCAUGAAUUGUUAAGCACACUUUUUUCUAAUCCUAUGGACAACAAUUUGACCUGUGCAGUAAAGCUACUGAAAUUGACAGGGUCGGUGCUGGAAGACUCAUGGAAAGAAAAAGGAAAGACUUACAUGGAUGACAUAAUACAGAAAAUUGAAAAUGUUGUCUUGGAUGCCAAUUGCAGCCGAGAUGUAAAACAUAUGCUUCUGAAACUUGUUGAACUGCGGUCAAGCAAUUGGGGAAGGGUGCAUAUAACUUCAACAUAUAGGGAAGCGACUCCAGAAAAUGACCCUAACUACUUCAUGAAUGAACCCACAUUUUACACAUCUGAAGGUGUGCCUUUCACUGCAGCAGAUCCAGAUUAUCAAGAGAAAUAUCAAGAGCUCCUUGACAGACAAGAUCUGUUUCAAGAGUAUGCAGAAAAUGGAGCUGAUUUAUCAGGAGCUGGAGAUCCGUAUUUUGAUGAUGAUGAUGACGAUGAUGAGAUGGACCCAGAAAUCGAAGAAGCCUAUGAGAAAUUUUGUUUAGAAUCAGAGCGCAAAAGAAAACAAUGAGACCAUGCACACCGAUUGUUUUAAGCAACCAGCAUAGGUAUGAAUAGCAAGUAGCGAGGAUGGAAAGGUCUUGUCAUAUCCAUACCAAACAAAGGAAAUUAAGUUUCUCAAAGUACGCAACUUAUGCAAUAUUAAUUUUGUUAAACAGAAUCUGCCAAAAAAGUGUAAACUUAAAACCCUGUAACUUAAACAAUAUGUAUAUAUCAUAGUUUAUUUUAUGUACAGUUAAAUAAACAAUGUUUUGCCUGGAACAAAUUUUAUUUGAAAUGUCACAUUAAUAUACAUAUGAGGGUUGUCUUAUUAAACAGCCACACUUCUUUUUUUGAGAUUAAAAUCCCUUGAAUCAUAAAGUACAUUUUGACUUGCUUUUUCGUAUGUAUUUGUAUUGCCUCUCCUUUGUACAGAGCAUAGCUUUCAUCCCAUACUUUUAGGCUCCUAGAUCAGUUAGCCAACCUUUUUUUAAAAUGAACAUUGUAAGCAAUCCCCCCGUUCCUCCCAGAAAUUUUUUGAAAAUGUGCAACCGAACAAGGACUGUUUUCAAAUGGGCGAGGUAUUUGAGCAAUUUGAACAUUUUUGCUCAGUUCAUGGCAUUUUAAAAUCAAAUGUAAGAACUUCCCAAGAAGUAAAAAAAAAAAUCUAUGUAAAGAUAACACAAGUUGUAAAUAUGCAUGUAAAUAGUGCUGUUUAAUAUUGCACUGUUAUAACGUAGUACAAUUUGUGUCAGUGCAGUUAGCGUCAUCUACAUCUUCUGGCUGUUCAUUUGUUUAGCUUAUUAACAUCAGAUUUUUGA